UUUAUGCUAGUCUAUGACCAAAUAUUAUUAUCUACUGUCGUGAAAAAAGUCAAUUGACUUUCUUGUUGCGUUGUGCGAAAACUGCGAUUUACUAGCAGCCUGCUGCCCAGUUCGCAAGUGCAUUGGUUUCGGUCGGUCCGACGGUACAAAUGCAACGUUGAACUAUCAUCGCAAUGGACUCUGACGUAAUUUUCUACACCUAAAUUCAGUGAGUGAUAUACAUCGAAAUGGUAUCAUCGCGAGCCUUUCAUUACUCAAUACUUUAGACGAACUGAGACAGUGUUUGUCCGUCAGAAUGUCGAACGUACAGAAGUUGUGUUUGUAUGAUGCAUCGUAUGAUUCGUACCCCGACACGUUGUUUGAUAUUUGUAUGGACUAUAUUGUGGUGAAUCUUAACACAAUUACUAACUUCGACCCUGAGACCCGAUGGCGUAGAUUCAAAGAUGAUGUUAUACUUCCCUCUGAGAUUUGCGAAAAAUUCAUCAAGUCAUACCAGAAGAAAUACCGCAUCAAUGAUAAUAUCGCGAACAUGUUCCGCGAUAAGGUUCGCACUCGGCUUAGCACAGUGAAGCUGCGGAACUCGCGCAUCACAGAUGAGGGGCUGCGCUGCCUGAUGGAGCACAAGCCCUACGAAGUGGAGCUCAACCAAUGCGAGUAUCUUUCACAAUCAUCGCUGGAGAUCAUCAGCAACAACAGCCAAAACUUGCACUCACUCAAAUUUGGUCCAUUGACCUAUGUAUUCCCACAAGAUGAAGGUAUCUACAGGCAGCGAGGGUACAUCAUCUAUGCUCCAAACUUAAAGCGACUGACAAUCCAACGUCGAGGUCUCGCAAUAUUCCCAUUGCUUUUGUUAAAGCCUCUGCAGCACCUGACACACUUGGACCUCUCUGAGUGUACAUCGGCUGGUUCCAUUUGGGCCCUUAAUGAGAUGAAUAAUCUGCGGUUCCUGGUCUUGCAUGCUGUGCCGUGGACUAAAGAUUUAAUUGAUUGGAUCUCUGGGAUGGGCCACUUGAGGCACUUGGAUAUUUCCCAGUCAAAUGAGAGGCAUGGGAAAUAUUUCUCACCAAAUGAGGUGCUGACUCAGUUGGUAGAGAGCCUGCCACUACUGGAGUCAUUGGAUAUAUCGGGCACUAAUUUGGCCGGCACGGGGGCUGCUGCAGUGUCAACCAUGAAUCAAGGCACUUCAGAUAGCAUGGAGUGUGAGGUGCGCUGCGACAUACCCGGACUAGUGAGCCGAGUUAACAAUCCACUGGAGUUCCUUGGCUUGUACGGAACUCACCAUGGAGCCUGCAAACGCCACGAUAUACCAGCUAAAGUGAUUACUGGUGACGCUAAUGAGGAGCAGAUCCUAGCUGCUGCUCGGGCUUACAUGGAGAGACCAGCAAUGCUGACGCGAGUGCUCAAUGAUCUUUACUAUUUGUUCCGCUACGAGAACAAUGCGUAUGUGGGCCGGGCCCUAUGCGUGGUGCUCGAUGCCAUGGACCUGCACGUCAUGGAGAAGCAUAUACAGAUCUCUGGCAGUGCCACCCUAUUCUACAUAGUGAAAGGGAAGGAAAAGGACCGCAUCGGCAUUAAGAUGAAGAAGCGCAUCAUCACUGCGCUGCUUGACGGCAUGGAGGCUCACCUCGGUGACGACACCAUGAUGAGGAACGGCUGCCUCACGCUGUGCCAGUUCAAGAUACCUACUGAUGUGUUGUUCGAGUAUGAGCGAGUUGUACAGAUUCUUUUAAACGGGGUAGCGGACGUAAAUCAAGAGGGUUUCGUGCAGCGUAUCGCUAUUUACUUAUUAAACUCGCUGGCCUGUCAGGUUGAUGGCAAACAGAAGACAUUCCUCGGCAACCAAGGAGCUAUUGGGAAAAUGCUGAACCUGAUCUCGGACCGGCUCGAGCGGCGCAUAUGCGAUGACGUUCUGGAAGUGGCCUGGUCCACCAUGUGGAACGUCACCGACGAAACCCCACAGAACUGCCAGCGCUUCUUGGAGAACCGCGGCAUGGAAUACUUCUUGGCUUGCCUCAAGAUAUUCCCCGAUAAAGAGGAGCUACUCCGCAACAUGAUGGGUCUUCUUGGCAACGUGGCAGAGGUAGCUCUCCUGCGCCCGCAUCUGAUGAACAAGCUGUUCCUCUCCGUCUUCUACGAGCUCCUGGACUCGUGCAGCGAUGGCAUCGAGGUGAGCUACAAUGCUGCCGGGGUGCUGGCACACAUGGCUUCUGACGGCCCACGUGCAUGGACGGUCGCCGAGCCAGCACGAGAGAUGGUGCUCCAACGCGUGGCCGCCGCCGUCGAACGCUGGGACCUCCGCGCUGAACGCAAUAUCAACUACCGCUCCUUCGAGCCCAUACUGAGCUUGCUCCAUGCUCAUCAUACGCCGCAGUGCCAGCACUGGGCUGUUUGGGCGCUGGCUAACCUUACUACGGUUUACCCGGACAAGUACUGCACUUUGGUUGAGGCGGAGGGUGGUCUCCGGCUGCUGAACGAGCUGCUCCUGCACCCGCGGCCCUACGAGCCCAUCAAGAAGCUGGCCUACAUCGUGAUCAACAACUGCGCGCGGUACGCCGCUCGCGACACCAGCAGCCCGCUGUUCUCCGCCUCGCCGGACAACUAACUAACGGACUUCUUCGAGGAGAUCAAUCCUCGAUUGCGCGAGUAACCGCCCACGGCACACCGACCCCCACACUCAAGCCAAAAACUUUCAAACUUCAUCAUUAUUAGCUCACCUAAGGAAUCAUUGUGUUAGUACAAUAAGUAAAUCUAUUUUGGGCGCCAUGUGCCAGGCAUCACUCGGAAUUUUAACUGUAUUAGAAACAAACUAAUACCAUUUUUAUCAAGAUUGAAUAUCGAGCUUAAAUUAACUCGUUGUCCAGGUCGAAUUCUUAUACACUAAAAACAUGAACAAUAGAUUUAACAUUGUUUGUGGACCUUGAUCCCCCUUUAGAUUCUACGUCUAAGCUAAUUUCCUAUGACAGGAAUUUGAAUUAAGGCUACACUUUACACGAAAACUCAGUGAUAGUUUAGUUUAGGUAUGUUGUCGGCCAAACAUGAUUCUUAGGACAAACUAGUUUGGCCUAGGCUUAAAUAGUUCUUCCUAUGCGCCUUAGGAUAAACCUUUUUGUUUCGGCCAAACGCGUUAACUUUUAACUACGACUAAUUAUCGUAUUCAUAAACUGGCAAAACUGUUUAUCUUAUUGGGCUUAGGACAAAACAGUUUGGCCUAGGCUAUACUAGACGAAGAAGUUAAGCCUAAGCCAAACUAGUUUGUCUUGAAAUCGGGUUUGGCUGGCAACAUAUGCAAGUAAUGUAAUUAAGAAAAUAAUGUUAACUGUUUACAUGUUUUUUUUUGCUUUGUAAAAAUAUGAUCUGUAUAUAUCACUGUGUUUCCACUUAUUAGUUUUAUUUGAGGCUAUGCCUGAUACUAAAGCUAUCAUCAGUUGUGUUAUAAAUAUCGUCGUUGAUUUUCUGUCAUUUUUGAUAGACGUUAGGUUCCACAAGAACUGCGCGUAUCUGAGAUGCGAUUUAGUUAGUGAUAGCAUAUGAUUGAACAUCGUGUUCUAAAACGAUUUCAAAAUUUGUUUUGGAGUUGCAGCGUGUAUUUAUUCUUUGACUAAAAAUAGACAUGUAAAAAUACACAUUUGAUGCGUAUCGAUUAAAUUAGUCUAUUUUUUGUGUGUUAGUGCGAUAUGGUUUAGUUUAUAUUAAAAUCUAAAUUUAUAUAAAGAUUUUUAUCUUCUUAGAAGUGAGGUUGUCUCCCGUAAUUUGGAGUAAUACGAGUUUCAUUAGGAUUAUGCACAGCAUCUAUUGAAAAGCAGCAGCUAUGAGAAACGCCAUGACUUUUCAUAUAACUAGAAUGCCCACAGAGAUUUAUAUUGCUCUCUCCACAUGGGCCACGGCGUCAACUCCGCAAUAAACGAAUUCCUUAUGAUAUAAUAUUGAAUAACACGAAACGUGAGUUGAUUACAUAUUAGAGUGGAGAGAUAUAUCUGCGGUAAAACCACACACUUUUAUAGUUAGUUGUAAUUUUGAUAUUCUUAAGAUCCCAAUAAGGCCGGGCCUAAGGUAACAUACAAUUUUUAUUUGUAAAUUAUUUAUUUUAUUUUAUUUAGGGCCGAUUUUUCAAUCAUCAGUUAACUUCUAUCUGAGGAAUAAAUAUGGCGGUUUGACAUAUUUUCCAUACAAAAGCUGUCAAAACGUUAAAAAUAUUCCUCAGAUAGGAGUUAUCUGGUGAUUGAAAAAUCAGCCCUUAUUGAUUUAUAAUAUUAUAUUAUAUGCAAAUAUGAAUAUAAAGUUAUGAUUAAUUUCAAGGUUCAGAGCUGUUAAUGCUGUUGAUUGGACGCACCGACGCUGCUCGUCGCGCGGCCAGGUCGAUCUGAAUAUUAGUUUAUGAUAAGUUGUCUUUUCUACGACUAUUAUCAGUCGUGUUUUUUGUUUUAUCAGUUGACUUUUAUAAAACAGCAUUCAGUGAAUGAUUAAAAAAAUAAUGCAACUUAACAGAGGCUUUUUUUUAUUUAAAUCUGGCACAUUUCUGUAUUUGAUCGGGAAAUGAAAUGAACUAAAAUGAAAAGGUUUUAAUAAAAGUGCAAUCACGGUAAAAGUACAGAUGUCCGUCCCGUUACCGUUGCCAGAAUUAUUACAUUGAUAUACAUGAUUCUAUUUCAAUCAUAAUACUAGUCAUAUCGUGUUAGUUGUGAGGAUACACGCAGUUUUUUACAUAAAUUAAAUUUAUGCAAACAUUAUACUCAUCUAUACAUUGGUCUUGUUUACAUAAAAUAAUGCAAAGUUUAGGUCCUACAUAAUAUUAUUUAACACAGUUGUUUUUAUUUCCGUUAUGUAUGUUACGUUGUUGGCUCACUUACGCUAUAUUGUUUUAUAUUUAUUGUUGAUUUGCGCGACGCUAAUGAAUUCAAAUCUGUUCUACUUGCCAAGAUUCACGCGCAUACACUACAAACGUGAACAGAACUAUUGAACACAGAACGAUUAUUAACUGGAUGACAUAAAAAUGGUAUGAGUACAAAAAUAAUACACUCGGUAUUUAUUUAAAUUGAAAUAACUUGUUAGUCAAGAUUAUUCCAGUAAAUUGAUGUUUAUAACAAGUAAGUUGUAAUAAUUGUCUACUUAACAACAAUAGCGUGUUAGUCGUUUGCCCGCUUACUGCCGCCGAAAUAAUCGAUGUUAUUUGCUGUAACACUUUUUUAAUGCUAACUGUUUAGGAUACAGAGGUUGAGUUUCUAAUAUGAGACCAUGGAGCGAAAACCGAAGCUGUCAACUACACGUCGUUAUGAGAAAAGCAAUGCAUCAGUUAUGUGAACUGAAGGUAUUUCCUAGUGUCGGUUUUCGCUCUGAAGUUCCAUCUCACAAAUUCAACCCGCAUUAUGUAGCGUCAUCGAUAUGUAAUAGAUUAACGUUUAACAUUAUGCAAUAGUUAUUAUUACUCGUACAUUUCAUAGGUGUCUAUAUUAUGGAUUGAUUGUCAAGUUGAUCGGGAACACACGCUUGCUUUGCUGCAAACAGUUCCCGGGGCCGCGUCCUCGGAGGCUGUUUUGCUUAGUUAGCUGUGAAUUUGUCUUCGGCGCUUCAAGCUUUGGACUCGACAAAUCACAACAGUGUGUGUUUAGUUUACGUAAGGCCAUUUUAUAAUGUUAUAUAACUUAAUAUUCAAUCUGAUGUUUAGAAGUAAUAAGAUAUUGCCGGGCUUAGGGCCCCAGCACCGCGCUGUUUGGGGAUGGCUAACAAUAUACAGGAACAGUAAUGUCAAACAGUGGUAUGUAUCGCGAAUCUAGUCGGCCUGUAUAUGCGAAGAGCACUUGAUUAACAGCAUUAUUUUCGUGUAGUAGAUCUAAACUUUUAAUACAUUUUGAUGAGAUCAGUCUGCAGUAACAGGGGGUGUUUUUAUGAUAUUUCCUGAAAUAGUAUUAACACUUUACCUUAUAUUUAAACCGGCGUUGUAUAAGCCGAUCAAUAGAUGUUUAAUGUCUAAUAAAUAAUAAUAUAUGUUUGUCAUCUUCACACACGAUUGUCUCCUAGUAUUUUUCUUUAGUUGAUUAAUUGUGUUGCUACGGUCUAACAUUAUUUUGUGUAACGAUUUUUUUUCUUGUUACGAUAAAAUGCUGUAGCUUGCAAUUUUAUCGAUAAUUCAGUUUUGUUGUUCAUUAAGUUAAGUUGAUCAUGUAUUAAUUCUAGAAAACUUACCUCUUUUAAUUGAUUGUCGUUUCAGAGAUCAAUAAAUAAAUAUCUGAAUGUC